AUGACUUUUACUUCAUUGAUUUUAUUUGACUUCGCAAAACCAUUAAGUAAAGUUACGACACUCUCGUCAGAUGAAGCGCAUGCAAAAUUUCAUCAUAACAGAUCAUUGGCACGUAUUUUGACUAACGAAAAUAAUAACAGUGGAGAUAAUAGAACUCAGCGAAACAAACGUAAUGUUGUCGCUAACCGAACAUACAUUUGGGAUUACGGGGUAAUACCGUAUGAAGUGGAUAAAGAAUUCGCUCCUCGACUAAGGCAAAUGUUCAUUACAGCUAUGCAGCACUGGGAACAAGACACUUGCCUUAAAUUUGUGGAAUACGAUUCCAAGGAACACGCAAACUAUAUAUAUUUCACCAAAACAGACUAUGGUUGUUCUUCGGAAGUAGGUAAGCGAGGUAACUCCCGACAAAACAUUUUAAUUAGUCCCGAUUGUGAGAAUUUCGGAAACAUUCUUCAUGAACUUGGCCAUGCGUUGGGCUUUUACCAUGAACAUGCUCGACCUGAUCGUGAUGACUACAUUGUCGUCCAUCAUGAUAAUAUUGAUAGAGGAAAAGAGCUUAAUUUCGAUAAGCAAUUGGGCAAUACUUCAGAUUCUUUGGGUUUACCCUACGACUUUGAGUCAAUAAUGCAUUAUCCGAAUCGGGCGUUUUCCAAAAAUCUCUACCAAGAUACUAUAAAACCAAUUGCUGAGGUAGACAUUGGUCAACGUUUACGUUUAAGUAAAGGUGAUAUCAAGAAAGCCAAUCUAUUGUAUAAAUGCCUUGAGUGCGGUCAAACAUUACAACUGCCAAAGGGAGAUAUUUUAGCGCCCCAUUACGUUGGCCAUAACACGACUGCCGCAGAUGAAGGUCAUCAAUACAAUUUGACUAGUGAAACGUGCGAAUGGCAUAUAGCAGCUGGCAAUGGGGAGAGGAUUAUGCUACAAAUAAAUGAUGUGAAUAUAUUGCAUUCGUCGAAUUGUUCCGAGGACUACGUUGAAAUACGUGAUGGCUACUGGUAUAGGUCGCCGUUACUAGAACGUUUGUGUGGCAAGCACGCAACCGUAAAACUCGAAAGCCAGAGUAAGCAUAUGCUGAUUAAAUACGUUAACCGCAAUGCAGCAAAAGGUUAUUAUGGAUUCAAAGCUAAUUAUGAAUUUAUUUUUAAUAAUAUUAUUAGGCUAAACGGCAGCAGGCAUUUGGAUUUCAAAAGUCGUUCGGCGCAUUUAGCCGAUAAGCCGUACAGCUGGUAUGUUAUAGCACCUGAAGGUCACCAAGUGGCAGUCAAAUUUGAGUUUCUCGACUUGGGGAGUCGUGAUGAGUGCGAUGUUGACUACUUGGAAAUAAGAAACGGUAACAAUUCUGCCUCAGGUAUAUUGGCAAAAGUUUGCGGCACAUCCAAUCCCGGUAAUAUUAUUUCAACAACCAAUGAAAUGUUUCUAAAAUUCGUCAGUGAUAGCUCGAUAGAGAAGUUAAGCUUCUCAGCGAUAUUCAUGCUAGAAAUCGACGAGUGUAAGUUAGGCAUUCACAAUUGUCAACAAAAAUGCAAGAAUACUUUAGGCAGUUAUCGCUGCGCCUGCUUGCCCGAUUACGCUUUGCUGGCGGAUGGGAAAAGUUGUGCGAAAAAUCCUUGUAGCAGCGUAAUUGAUGCUAAUGACGGCAAAGGCACUUUCGGAUUAACCUCAUUUCCAAGCAAUUUUAAUUUGCCGGGAAAGUGCAUUUGGAAAUUGGUAGCUCCCGAAAACUACACUUUAUUUCUAAAUUUCACUCAAUUCGAGUUAGUGUGUGACGACAGCGACUAUUUGGUAAUCUAUUCUCAAUUUAAAAGCAAGAGAUUAAAAAAAUUUGGACAAUUUUAUUGCUACCAAUUUCCGGCUUCCGUAAAAUCAUUGAAGAACAUUUUACGCUUGGAGUUGAAUCUGGGCGAAGAAGCUUACCAGCGAACUAAACUUAAAGCUGAAUAUAAAAUUGACAACGACGAAUGCAGCAUUCGAAAUGGUGGCUGCGAACAAAUGUGUAAGAAUACAUUCGGUUCGUUUGAAUGCUUGUGCCGCGAGGGUUUUAUUUUACAUGGAAAUGGUCGUAAUUGCACUGAAACCGAGUGCAAGUUUAAUAUAACGGCUCCUAAUGGGAGAAUAUCAAGUUUAAAUUAUCCCGCAAAUUAUACCAGGAACAGUUACUGUUAUUGGCGUUUUCAGACCGUACUGGGUCAUCGUAUACGCUUGAAAUUUCUCGAAUUUGAUGUAGAGCAUCAUCAGGAAUGCAUUUAUGACAAUGUAACCAUAUACGAUGGGCGAUCACAGGCUAGUUCAUCUUUAGGAAUGUUUUGCGGCAAAUUAAACGCGACCCACAACGUGUUGGCUACAACCAACUAUAUGCUAAUGGUAUUUCGAACGGACGCUAAUGUGCAGUUUAAGGGAUUCAAUGUCAAACAUUUAACAGAAUGUGGUGGCUAUUUGGAGGCGACAAAUAAUCCGCAAAUAUUGCUCUCUCAUCCAAGUUAUGGCUCAAAAUCGUAUCGCUAUAAUAUGCUAUGCGAUUGGCAUAUAACCGCUGAUUCGGACAAAAGCGUUGAAAUCAAGGUCGUAGAUUUCGAACUUGAGUAUGAUGAAAGUUGUGAACCCGAUUAUUUAGAGAUUAUCGAGGAACCUGGCUAUUACCGUAAAAGCUAUGGGCGAUUUUGCGGCGCCGGUAAACCAUCCAUCAUUAAGUCGUGCUCCGAUUCGAUUACAGUACGCUUCAUUACCAAUGAAUCAUUUAACUUCAAGGGUUUCAAAAUGGAAUUUAAAUCAAUUGAAGGCCAAGAAUGCAUGGAAACUAUAGAUGAAGUUAAUUAUUAG